GGUCUCGUCGUCGCUGGACCAACAACGUCGCGUGCGAACGUCGCCGCGAGAUCAUGGUUCACCAUUUCCUCGACGGAUGAAGUGAAAGCCAUGAUCGAGGCUGGAGUAGAAUGUAAAGAAGUCGAUGCGAUUCGAGAGAGGGAAACCGCUUUGGCGUCCAGUUACUCCAAGGCAAGCUGAAAGGAAUGUUGAACGGCGUGCAUCGCGACGCCAACGAGUUCUCACAUUGAUCGUCUCUAAUCAACGUCGACGUCGUCAACGACGCACCAUCGAUUAAAAAUUCAUGCUCUGGCGUAGAAUGAAAUCAGACUGACUACGAUGCUGUCGAAAUAUUUGAUUAUUGCCAUAUCUUUAGUAUGCGUUACAGAAUGUGCGACCCAAGUUUACAAGAGUCAGUCAGUCGAGACCGCUGUAGUGAUCAAACCGGCGGUUGUAAACGAUGACUUUAUUACACAAACCGUCUAUGGAUUCUUGGAUUUCACUACCACGAUCGGAAACACGGUGAUGGUGUUCAGCCCACAAAGCGCGCCAGCAGACGGGGGAAAAGAAAAGAAAAGCAGCGUUUCCAUUAUUCAAACGAAACCGAGCGAGACGAAGGAAAAAGCGCCUCCUGCUAUUCAACCAAGCAAGACGUUUAAGACAAAUUCCGUGGAAGAAACGAAAAAGCAAGUUAAAGGCACGAAGGUUGUUGUAAAUUCAGUGAUCGAGCAGAAUGUCAUUAAUUCUGAAGAUAGUGGAUUACGAACUGUAAAAAAUCAGGAACCGAAGACUCAAACACAGGUAAUGACAAAGAGUCCUGUGAUAUCUUCGCAAGUGCAGGUAAAAUCAAAGGACGAAGCACCAGUCGUUAAGAAUAAUCUUGCGGAACCUGAAUACGACUUCCUAUCGAAGCAACCUGCAGAAGUAGUUGACGAGACGUACAAGUUAAUUAAUCUGAGACCCUCUUCGAAACCCCAUGGAAAACCUAGACCUACUGGUCGACGAGAGAAAGAGAAUCCAACUGGUCUAGUCACGAAGCUCGGUGGCACUAUUGUUAAAGAUGGAUUGACCACUGUUCACGAAACUAGCGUGAUUGGUACUUACAUAAACGGGAAAUACGCUCAGGUGCUUCAAAGCUCGUCGAGAAUUCUCUCCGGAGCUCCGCCAGUUCCUGAAGGGAAAAUUCGCCCCUCUAGUACACAUAGAAUAUUAAAAACUAUUGGACCGCAGCAAGGAAAGCUAAAACCACAACUUGAACCUACACCAACGACGCAGCAAGAAGAAUCAUCGCUACCCUUGGAAGUUUUGUUUAGUUCCCCAGCUGGUUCCACAGUAAGGAGCACACGGAAAAACUCAGGCCCAAAUUUAUCACGACCGAAGUUCCGCAACAAAAUUAACGAUGAUUACGAUGGCAGUGGUGAGGUGCAACAAACGAAGCCGGGUAAAAAUCGAAGCAGUACCACCUCAAGACCAAGUUAUAAAAAUCGAAGCCCUCCAACAACAACCACAGAACCACCUGUUACUCGUCGCCGCAGCAGCUUUCGACCAAGUAAUCAACCAAGUUUGCCUUCGAAGCAGAACAAUAAAAAUAAAAACGAACAACAACCGGUUAGCCCUAAUCCUGUGCCGAAAUUGAAGCUACCAAGAACACAAGGGCGUUGGUCUUACAAGACGACUCCUAAACCAAGAAUCGCUAUCCGAAAACAAAUCGAUGUCGAGGACGAACAACGUUCGAUAUCAGAAACCAGCACAACUGAGAAUCCGGUAAACGUCGACGACAGCAAAACUACCGCAUCUUCCGUUUCCACGUCUACGGCGGCGGCUGCUGUUGGGGCAGGUCAACAGGUCAAUGCUCAGAGAAAAAUUCAAGAAGCGGUAAACGAUGAAGAAUUGGAUCCGAGCGAAAGCGAGGAUGUUGCCAGUGUCAGCGUUCAGGAUCAACAUCCUGAACAAAUUUUACCGAUCGAAACGGUCAACGUUGAAAUUUCCACAGCUGCUGAUAUGAGUAACGUGUACUUCGAAAUUGCUACUAUUAAGUCACCAUACACUUUCCAGGUUGGAACAUUGAGAAAUACUCGCUACGUGACAGUAACUUCAACGCUGAAGAAAUCAUUUUCAACGAUAGAUCCAUCCAGCACGGUAUCACCAUCAGAGCCGCUAACCGAGAAUCUCCUAGCAAAUACUGCAGCAGCGUAUGAGACGACCUUGCCAUUAGAUUCAGCCGUGGCGACUCUGCCAGCUAUAUCUUUAGAAUCUGGCCAAGCGACUCCACCUUUGGAGACAUUGACCGAGACCUUCUCUACUACGCAAACUCUACUCAAAACCCAUCUACUUCCUGUAAUACACGGUGGUAACACAACCAAACUGACGCUCGUGCAAACGUACAAUAUCGCACGUGUGGUUACUGCUAUAAAGACUUUGCCACCAAUGGAUAUAUAUCAGUUUAUUCCCAGCAAAGCGUUGAAUGAGUUUAACUCGAAGCUGGAUGAAGCAGGUAGCGAACUUCAUCUAGAGUUAGAUGUCGGUGACGAAGACAGAGAUGACGAUGAUAUUCCCAAAAGGGUAGUGGCUCCAAACAGUGACAUGGAUUCUGAUCUAGAACCUUUCAAAUCAAUUUCAUCUUCGAAAGCAAAAUCAGAAACUCCGAGCACUUCCAUCGAACCGCACUUGACUCCCGAUCAACUGGCUCUGUUAAAAUAUUUCGGUCAACAGCAGCCACAAGUGAUCACCACUUCACGACCGAUCGUCGUUCUCGACACGCUUUACGAGUCCCACGUGAUCCCGGUAGUGAACAACGGCAAUACGAUUUAUUCGACGUUAUCCAGGCCAGUUGGCACUGUGCCACGAACAUCUUAUGAAUACGGAACGUCCACGAUUGCACCGGUUCUGCCACCGCAAUUACCACCGCAACUGCCACCACAAUUGCCGCUAUUUCCACAGCAACCCCAGUUCACGGUGACAAGCGCUCCUCUGGUCACGCAAACGUUUGCGACGGUGUCCGAUUCGAAAAUUCUGAAACUGACAUUUGGAGCGAAAACGGCGUACACCACGUUGUUCUCGAGCAGGGUAGUGCCAACCGAGAUUACCACUUAUGUUACGAGCACCAUACCCCUACAACCGACAGUCCCAGCCUUCCCAGGUUAUUAUCCUCCGCCUGUUGGCUACCCGCCUUUCCCAUUUGUAGGAUAAAGCCUCAGCAACCCGCGCUAAGCGUGCAGGGAUACGAGUUGCUCUAAACAUAUGGAGAACUGAAGAAUGUCAUUUUCCAAGAAAUAUAAUUUCUGAGAGACGAACAAAACCCAUUUGCAUCGGAUCAAUACUAGAGAUUGAUGAUGAUCCUAAUGGUAGAUUCGAUAGGUAUGGCUCAAAAACAUACAAAUCAGUGAGAAAUGAUAAUUAUCGAAGAGUAAGAGAAAGGAUAAGGAGAAUGUCAUUGAACUUUAUUGAGAAAAAAUCGGUUUUCGAUACUCUAGUCCAUUGAUAACAGAAGAAAGUUCGAUGAAUUUGACUGUAUUGUUCAGAACAUGAUUUAUUUUCUAAUUAAAGCUUAGGAAAGAAAAUGAACAAAUCUUGCAGUUCCAGUUGCCAAUAAAAUAUGUUAGAGAUAAACUGUAAAUUAAACUGUCAUUAAAUAAUGGAUGUUCCCUGUUUUCUUAUCUUACUUUUCAAUGAUCAAAUUUCAGUUUGGAAUGUACAAUUGAAUCGAUCGGUUCCAAUGUGUCCUUUUUCCGUCCAGACAUUUCGUACCUUAGCAUAAUCUUAAUUAAGGUAUUUAAAGUCUAGAACUUAGUAUUAGUAUGUAAGAUACAAGCUGUUGCUCUGUAACUUUCGAAGAAUAGAGAGCAAAUGAUAUCAUGGAAUAUAAAGCGAAAAGUACGUAAAUACGUGACCGUUGCAUUUCUCGUCUUUAAUUGGCACGCAACUAACACGCGUUCCUCAUUCUGAUAUGGAAUGCGUUAAUACUCGCAUUUUGUUCAUGCAUUAUGAUGUGACAUGCCGUCUAUAAUAAAACGUUCGUGGAAUUUGGAAUUUUUCGAAUGUUCGAUGAACUUGAAAUUAAUUAUAAAAAUAGAACACAGGAAACAGCAUAUCAUUUUUAUAUUAUGAUCCUGUUGCACAAUAAUUUAUUAAUUAAUAAUAUUAGUAACUUAAAUUAGUGAGUUACAAAUUGUAAAUUAUAUAUAGAUCUGAUAAAAAUAUAACGAUGAAAUUGUUUUACUGAAAUAUUCCUUAAUGGAAUUGUAAUAUUAUAAAGACUGAUUAAUUUUAAAGGAAAAUUAAUUUUAAAGUAGGUGCUAAAUGUACAUCACUCUACAGAUACGUACAAGAAGUGUAAAAAUGUAUCACACAUAUUUUCUCACCAGAUUGAUUGAACGUUUAGCAUUUGGCAUAUCACAUUAUAACACAUGAGCAAUUGAAUCAAACAAAAAGAGAUAGAACAAAUACUCCAAAUUUUUCGGUACACGAUUAAAAAAAUUCCAAUAUUUGUUUUGAUGUUGCUCAUUAUAAACUAAAUGUUUAAUUUAAUAAGUAAAAAGCGAACAUUAUUGAGAUAUUUAUUUAAAGAUGUUUAGAACAGUAUUUUUGCCAUGUUUUAAUUUGAAACAAAAAGCUAAUUUUUACUUAUGACGUUAAUGUGCUCUUUUAUAGUACUUUGCACUUGUUUGUUUAACUGAUAUAGUAAAUCAGGAACAAAUUAAUUAAAAUACAUGAUAUUCCAGAGCUGUUCCCUGAAGAAUUUUUUGUACAUUCACCAUUUGUCAUUAAAAAUAAUAAACUUACAUUUUGUAUAGUAAUUUAGUCGUGCAUAUGUAAUGUGCAACAUCGGAAACGAAUAAAUAGUUUAGAAAGAAUCUUUUACAUUUCUGUUUACUUGAUAAAUAGAAAUUGAUUGAAAUAGAAAUCAAUUGGUUGAUAAAAAAGACAUUGUAUAUAAAUUAAUAAUUAUAGUGACUAUUAUAUUGGUAUUGUAUGUAUAUUAGAAAUUUUGUAAAUAAAGUAUAUGAAAACAAUA